AUGGCUCAUCAUCAUUUAGCUAUUGCAUUUCUUUUUCUUAUUACUGGGCAUAUGUAUAGAACUAAUUUUGGGAUUGGGCACAGUAUGAAAGAUCUUUUAGAUGCACAUAUCCCUCCGGGAGGGCGAUUGGGACGUGGGCAUAAGGGCCUUUAUGACACAAUUAAUAAUUCGCUUCAUUUUCAAUUAGGCCUUGCUCUAGCUUCUUUAGGGGUUAUUACUUCUUUGGUAGCUCAACACAUGUACUCUUUACCCGCUUAUGCAUUUAUAGCACAAGACUUUACUACUCAAGCUGCAUUAUAUACUCAUCACCAAUACAUUGCAGGAUUCAUCAUGACAGGAGCUUUUGCUCAUGGAGCUAUAUUUUUUAUUAGGGAUUACAAUCCGGAACUUCUUAAAUAA